GUCUGUUAGGCAUAGUCAUGGUGAAGACGACAAGCUCGCUGAUGGCGGCAGUUGCUGUGACCAUGGUCGUCGUGUGGGCGACUGUGGCAGAGGGCAUCCCCUCGGGCGGCUUUGGCCUACCUGCCUCGGCCAUGAACGCCCUCCUCCAGGCCGAGCACGCCACCAUUGUGGCCGAUGUAACGGCACUCAUGGAGGUCCCGUCCGAUUGCUGCUACGACAACGUCGGCGCCAAGACCGUCCAUCUCUGCCUGCAGAGCCAGAAGCUUUCGGGCCUGCAGCUGGAGCUGGCGGUGGAGACCGGCGACGCCUCGGGCUUGGCCAUCGGCUACACGGCCGGCAUCACCUACACCUCGGGCUACCGGCUCUGUGCUCGCGAGAUCGUCGGCGGAUGCAGCAAGCUAUUUGGCUGCUCGGGAUCGGCCGAGGUUGUGGUUGAGGCCAAGGGUGGGCUCGGCACGGCGCUGACUGUUGCUACUGACGGGCACGUUGCUCUGGCGGCGAACGAGGUCUCGGUGGCCGUCACGCUGCCGACCGUCUCGCUCUGCUCCAAGAUUGCCGACAAGAUUCGCGACGACGUGGCGAGCAUCGAAGCCGUGGCCAAGGCCGCCGUGAGCAAGGCCAUGGACGCCGCACUUGCCCGCAUCGCUGCCAAAAUCCCGUAUGCCCAUGUGGUCGACGAGACUAUCGGGCUGGCGUGGAUAUUUGACGCUGCCGGCGCAUCGUUCAACGGCAAGGACGGGCUGAUCAUAGACGCCGAUGUCGCUGUUGCGGACGUUGCGUCUGGUCAGCAUUUGCCGGCGCCGUUCAAGCCAGCUGGCCCGCUGCCGGAUCUCACGCCGCUUGUCUCGGCGCCGUCGAGCCAGGCCGCGUUUGCAAUCUCGGAUGCGCUGGCGUCAAACGUUGCAUGGGCGCUGUGGAAGGCCGGCAAGCUGCAGAUGGUCAUCAACGCGACGGUACUCGGCCAAGCGCUGACUGGUAAUGCCAAGGUCACCGCUGCCCCUGUGGUCACCUUUGGCCCGGCCGCUGUCGCCGCGGACAUGACCAUCCAGGUUAACGCGUCGGCAAGUAUCUACCUCGGCGGCAACUUCUUCGGCGCGCCCACCUUUGACGCCCUGGCCGGCGUCUCAGUGGUGUACAACGCCUCGCGCGCCGGAUUUGAGGCCUCGGCCUCGCUGCUCUCGCUCAAGGUCGGCAACGUGUCGGCCUUUGUCGCCGAUGCCAUCAAAGGCGCGGCAGCCAAGGAGGUCGUCGCGCUCAACGCCAAGCUCGCCGACAUGGUCAUUCCUAUCCCUCCCAUCGACGGCGUGACCAUCAAGGAGCCGAAGCUGGACUUUUCCCUGCACGUCGCGGUUUUCCACGGCCUGCCCGUCGUCGCCGCAGGCUUCUCGGCCGUCCCGACCUCGAUCUUCGACGUCACCGCCCUCGCCUGCCCCUCCAUCCCAGGCGCCCAUCAGGAUGCCUGCAAGUGCUGAUCCAUGUCGAGCCAUGUUGUCGACUCUGUGGCAUGACAGUGGAUGCAAUGGAUGAGUCAUUUUCAAACACAAAACCCUCUCUG